UCAAACCCCUUAGCACACGGCAUGGCUCCGUCAGCGCCCAAGAUAGCCUGGACCUUCACCUUCGCCAUCGGCAGUCGCUCGGGAGACUCGUUCAACUUCCAGAGCCCCUGCAGUAGCAGCAGAUGGCCGUCGAGGACAGCAAGUCAUUCUUAUCCCGCCGCACCCCACAACAACAGGUGUUGCUCAAGACAACCAGCACAAGCGGCAGCGAAAAUCACAGCCGUCUUAGCUGCUCGGCAUCAGGGAGGAGUUGGCGAUGCCGGUGAUGAGAAUCGCAAUAGCCACGGAGAUCUUCCUGGGCGAACAGCCGCGGACACAGCAGACGCCGAGGCAGCGGAGGCCCUUCGUCGACAGGUCUUCGCCAACGAAAAGGGCUUCGAGGCGAGCUCCGUGUUUAACCCGACACGCGCGAGGGAGGAGCGAGAGGAGGAAGAGGCUCGGGCCCUCGCCGCUCAGUGGGGUAGCACACCCGAGCGCGCUAAGGAGAUCGUGAGCAAGACGAUCGAUGACAAGGACUUAAGUUUUCAGGAACUACAGCGCAUCACCGAAGAGCUGAACAUGUCCGAUGAGCAGCAGCGAGCCUUCAUGCUCCAGGCGAGCAUGAAGAAGCUGUCUGCUGCCUCGAGGUUACCGAAGCGUCCGCCACCAGACCGUGUCAAGGAGGUCCUCAACGAGAGGGUGUUCGCUUCGGAGAAGGGCUUCCUGCAGAACAGUGCUGAUUUCAAGAACAAAAUGAAAGUGGGGUCACGUGUCAACUUCGACUCGUACGGCCUUCCGGUAGCGGAUGAGAGGGACCCGGUCAUUCAAGCGGCGAGGGAAACGACAAAGGCCAAUCAGCGUGCGGCGGAGAAAUCUGGUGUCGAGGGCAUCACCUUCCCCUCCCUUCCCGACUGCCCGCGCUGCUCCAUGCCCACCACGGAGGACGAACUGUCGCGGUUUGACAUGUGCUCGCAGUGCAAGGCGCAAGACAUUUCGUCAAAGGCGUACGCCGGUCCGCAAAUGGCGAGCAAGUACACCUACGACAACGGCGACGCCCCUUUCAGUUCCUCUUGGACGUCGCCGGGGCCCCCAAGCACGAAUGGCGGGGCAUCCACCGAAAGUGGGAAGACUGCUGAGGUCUUACCCCAGAAGCUUAGUGAAGAGCAGUCGUCCUCUUCGGCCCCGCGAUAUUCCAACCAACGACGACCGCCACCUCCAUCGGCGCCGAUCGACCCCAGGAGAGCCGACCCCCCCCCCUCCUGGCCUUCCGGCGACAACGACAACGAUCGAGGUGAGGCACCAACGGGAGCGGCCGGGCCCCUUCGUAAAGGCAAUGGCAACCUUCGGAGCACCACAGGCAGCCGCAGCCACCGCAACCUCGGAAACUCUGCACCAGAUGCGAUCACGCCACCUUCGGCGACCGCGACAGGGUCUACGGUGGCAGCAGCGUCUGUUCGGCGUCAUGGAACUCCCGGGGCGCUUCCGCGCCCCACAGCGGCAGCCGCUGCACCAGCAGAAAAUACGGCGGUGGACAGCAAGAGAUCAUCCAACACUAAGGUUGGUGGAGGGAGUGAUAUUAUUUCACCCGCGCCCGGCCCUUUCGCCGCCCGCGCCAGCAAAGGCGGCGCGGUGUCAAGGGAUCGACCCCGGGGUGGCGGCAGCGACGGUGACGUCAGUUUGGGCGACACGAAGGGCAACGGUCGCGCCGAAGUUGCGGUGAGAAAGCUGUCGCUCGAGGUGGCCGAGCUCCGAACCCUGCUCGGGAUCAACCGUUCGACACUUGCGAGAGUGGAAACCAUGAGCAAGUCGGCCACAGCGCCGCAAACAACUACGGAGGGGAGGGGGACGGCUAGCAAUAACGAAGUGCAACGGCGAGACACCGCCGUGCAGAAGCUGGCUCGGGACGUGGCCGAGCUGAGGGCGCAGCUUUCCACCGUCGUGGACAAGGUUUCGGACUCUUCCGUUACGCCUCCUAGAGGGCGAGGCGGGGACAGUGAGGUAGUCCAGACCAUGAAGAGGGAGAUGGCGGAGCUACGCUCACAGCUGGACAAUGCCCGCAAGGAGACUGCCCUGACGCGAUCAGCGCUGAGGAGGCUGCAAGGCGAAGUCGACGUCUUGCAGAAGAAGUCCGCUGGUCGACGAUGACAGUCGCUGAGGCGAGGUGGCGUGGGCGUUAUUGCCGCGAGUACGGUGCGCUAUGAAUUACUGGUGUACCUUCCCUCAUGAAAACCCGUCUAGCGAUGUGUAUGUAAAAACUGGGGCUUGCAUGGGAAAAUAGAUAAUGCGUGGACGGGAAUGAUCGGUGGCGCUCUGUACAAAACCACGGAUUGUGUGAAUUGGCGUUUGACGAACUGUUUUUUGUGCUUUUCCAAAGUCCCGCAAGCUAACUUGCUUAAUUGGGGUAAUCCCGGAGAUGAAGUCUCUGUCGACGUUCCAUUCCCUGGGACCCUCAAAACGCUUCCACCACGGAUAAACCUGGUCGGCAGAACGCUCGUUUUUGUUCUUCUCGCACAUCUACCGUCGCUUUCUGUGCCCUGUCUACGGACCUCCGCGGCUUCUGUAGCGAAGGGCCACCAAUUGGGGCCAAGCAUGUUUGUCCGAGAAUUUUUGUCUUCGGCGCGAGUCUUGAACGUGUCUCAUGGAAUGGCAGUCACCUCUAUCGUAGCGCCAUGCCGAGAAGGUUGUGACCGAGGGCAAAGAGGCAGGGCGGAGCGUCGUGGCUGGAAGACUGAAGUGAAGACUCCCCCGGUGUAGUUCUAAGCUUUUACCCCGGAAGGAAC